AUGUCAAAUUAUACUAAUGUUCCUUAACAUAACUUUUUGAACAAACAAUACUCACGUCUAUCACCUAAUUCUACAGAAUGGGCUCGCAUUGAAUAUUUAUUGCAAUUGUCAUCUGGUUACACAUCAGCAACAGUCAAAAAUAUUUGGACUAUUACGAAUCCUCACAUGACAUAAACCUUUGAAAAAGCAAGCAAAGUAUGUAUUUGGAUAUCACUAAUUAGGGAUUGCUAACAUUGGAUUCUUGGUUGGAGAUUUCAUUGUUAGACGAAAAUAAUAGGAUGGAAAAAGUUUGUACCAAAGGAUUCGAAUUUCCAUAGACUGGACUUCGUUUUCCAACUGGACACAUUAAACUAUAGGAUAACAUACAGCCUGGUAGAGUUUAUGAGUUAUUGCUAUUAAAGAUUGCAGGUAACUACUAAAUAUAUUAUGGUUUUAGUUGGUAAAUCCUAUUGUCUUCCAGAUAAAACAUCGAUGAAGGACAAAUAUAAAUUAAUUUAAGGAUUCGAUAGCAUUUACUUAUAUAAUGAGGACGAAGAUUCUAUGACAGGCACAUUUAAACAUGACUAUGUAUUGUUCGAUAAUGGAAGAGUAUUGCCAUGUUAUGUUGUAUAAUUCGAGUUUGAUUAGAAAAAGGAAGACAAUUUGAAUGUAAGUUUGAGUGUUGAAAUAGUCUCCUUUUUGUGAUAUUUGUAAUGACAAUACAGCAACCAUAUAUUGUAAAGCAGAUGAUAUGAAUUUAUGUUAUGAUUGUGAUGAGGAACAUCAUCUAAAAGGGGGCAAGUUGGUAUCAAAGCAUCAGAGAAUCCCUAUAAAUGAAGUAAGACUUUAUGACAUAUAAAUAAGAAACCAAAAACAUUCGGUAAUUGUUAAUAACAUCCUGACUAAAAGUUGGAAUUAUUUUGCACAAUUGAUAGAACUCCACUUUGUUUAUAUUGUAAAAUAGGUGGAUCUCAUUCUUCAGGGGAGAGUGCAAAUCAUCCUCUGGUGAAGAUCUCAGAUGCAUAUAUGAAAUCGUUAGUAGAAUCCAAAGACAUUGAUCCAUUAAUAGAGAAACGAAAGAAUCAAUUGGCAGAAUAUCUAUAACAAAUUGAUUAUAGCAUCAAGGAAGUCAACAAAAAUGCUUCAAUCAUUGAAGGCAGGAUUUAUUAAGUGUUGUAAGAAGCUCUGCUGUAAUUGCAGGAAGAAACCUAGAAGAAAAUGAGUUAUUUGGUUGGUGAUCAAUUGGAAUUGAAGAGACAAUACGAUCAAAUAUAAUGGCUCGAAUCGUUUCUUAAGUAUUAGUAAGAAGUGUUGACACCUGCUGAUUAUCUAAAUGCUUGGUCAAGACACAUAGGACUUCGGAAUGAAAUACUCAAUAUUUCUAAUGUUCCAUAAUUAACAAUCGUGGAACCUGAUUUGCGACUAGAAGGCAAGUUAAGUGUAGUAAGCGAUUCAGUUUAAUUUAAAGAUACCAAAGAAUAACAAGAUGAAUAAGACUUUAUUGAUUAGUAAGUUAGUUGAUUAAUUUUAGAAAUUCACUCAUUGGCACAACAAGAUUUAGAUCAAAUAUUUUUGGCAAACAUUAGGUAAGUGAUAAGAAUCAGAGAUUAAUGAAGACGAUAAUUCAGCAGAAUGUGUAGAAGGAGAGUUAGGGGUAAGAAUCGGAUUGAUAUGUAGACCUCAAUUAUUGUUAUUGCAAUAAAAGCAGAAGUUACAGCAAUAGGCUCAAGCAUCAAGGGUUUUCCAAUAGUUAUAAAAUGACACUAUUUAAGAGAGCUAAAUUAAUGAUUCCUAAAAUAGCUCCUUUGCACAAUGA